GGUAAAUUAAACUCAAGCAAGGAAACCCCAGCCUUGGCUAUGAACUCUGGCAAAGAGGCUGGUCCGGGGAGGAGAGAAGGGCGAGGCAGGCAGCCAAGCAGACUCCUGUCAGAUGCUUUCCACAUCCCAGGGAGCUGCAGGCUGCAGCCGCAGCAAAUAAGACACUUUCCCCCCUCUUUCCAUCUUCUCUCACCCAGUUCCUCUGAGUUUGGGGGUUGCUCUCUUCACCAUGAUCUGGCUGAUAUGGCUUUGCUGUGGUCUCUCGGUUAUUUGUGGACAGCAAGAUCCCGAACUCUUAGCGAGGGACCUGGAAGAGGCUGAGAUAUUGGAUUACAACCUCAUUGACAAUGUUGCACGUAGGAUCCCACGGCAUGGCAGGUUUCUGCAGAGACUGGAGACCAGGCCCCGGAUGUCUGAAUUCUCUGUGAGAUCCACAAUCAUUUCUCGCUAUGCCUUUACCACCGUCUCCUGCACUCUGGUGAACAGCGGCUCAGAGGCCAGGGAAGGCGUCUUCGAGAUGCAGAUACCCAUCACAGCCUUCAUUUCCAAUUUUACCAUGGUUAUCGAUGAGAAGAUUUACCAUGGGGAAGUUAUUGGGAAAGACCGAAAGCGCGGUGACACAGAAAGGAAGAACAGAUAUUCAAGACCCACAGAGGAAUGGGAAAACAGAGUCGAGACAUUCAAAGCCUCUGGAACAAUCCCCCGGAAAGCGGAAGCCGUCUUCCGGCUGCACUAUGAGGAGCUUUUGCAGAGACGGCUGGGGAAGUAUCAGUAUACAGUCAGCAUCCGGCCGCAGCAGCUCGUGGGGAAGCUACGCGUGGAGGUGAACAUCCUUGAAAACUCGGGCAUCACCUCUCUGGAAGUGCUGCCACUCCAAAACGGCAAGAGCAGAAGCAAUGAGAAGAGCGAAGACGACACUUCUCCACCACCUUCCACAGUGGUGGGCCAGACAAAAACUUUAGCCAAAGUGACCUUCAAUCCCAACGUGGUGCAACAAGCCAUGAUUGCACAGAAUGGCAUUCUGGGAGAUUUUGUCAUCAGAUAUGAUGUCAACAGGGACCUGAGUGUUGGGGAUGUCCAGGUUUUGAAUGGAUACUUUGUGCACUAUUUUGCUCCCAAAGACCUCCCUCCGUUACCAAAGAAUGUUGUGUUUGUGCUUGACAGCAGCGCCUCCAUGGUGGGAACGAAGCUGAGGCAGACAAAAGAUGCUCUGUUCACCAUUCUCCAGGAUCUAAGGCCUGAGGAUCACUUCAAUAUUAUUGGCUUCUCCAGUCGAAUCAAGGUCUGGCAACAAGACCAGCUGGUGCCAGUGACACCCAACAGCAUAAGAGAUGCCAAGAUCUACAUCCAUAAUAUGUCCCCCACUGGAGGCACAAACAUCAAUGGGGCCCUCCAGAUUAGUACACAGAUACUCAACGACUACAUCGCUCAGAGUGACAUCGAGGCCCGAAGCGUCUCCCUGAUUAUCUUCUUGACCGACGGCCGGCCUACUAUCGGGGAGACGCAGUCUGCCAAGAUCGUCAGCAACACCAAGGAGGCCAUCCGCAACAAGUUCUGCCUCUUCACCAUUGGCAUCGGCAGUGAUGUGGACUACGAAUUGCUAGAGAGGCUGGCGCUGGAGAACUGUGGGAUGUCACGGCGCAUACAGGAAGAUGAGGAUGCUGCGGCAGAGCUGAAAGGAUUCUAUGAUGAGAUCGGGACGCCUCUUCUUUCCGACAUCCGGGUGGAUUAUCCUACAGACAGCGUGGAGCAGAUUACCCAGAACCUAUUCCCCAACUACUUCAAUGGAUCCGAGAUCGUCAUUGCUGGGAAACUCUUCAACAAGACCCCCAAUAGCUUGCAUGUGGAAGUGACAGCCAGCAACAGCGACAAGUAUGUCCUUCUGAAAACAGACGUGGCCGUAGACCUCUCUGGCAAGAACCAUAUUGGGCUUGCUUCCAAAGGGGCUGAAGAGCCCACCGACGAACAGAACUAUGUUGAACGGACCUGGAGCUACCUCACCAUCAAGGAGCUGUUGACUUCCUGGCUGAAGAGUGAUGACAGAGAGGAGAAGGACACUUUAAGGGAGAAAGCCAAGAAUCUGGCCCUCAUGUACAACUUUGUCACCCCCUUCACCGCCCUGAAGAUAAAGGAGCUGGCCAGUCAGGCAGACCCCCCAAAAGAGGUUUACGCCGGCCCAUCAAUCGAAGGAGUUGGGGAGAUUGUGCAGGGGUUGCAGGGCCACCGAGCACCAUCAGGGCCUGUCCCUGGAAAGCCAGAGAAGCAAAGAGUUGAAGUCACUAAAACCUCAGCGGAUGGUGACCCUCAUUUUGUCAUCGAUUUCCCUUUGAGCAAGCUAACGGUCUGCUUCAACAUUGACGGGGAGCCAGGAGACAUCCUCAGACUGGUUUCCGACCAUAAGAACUCUGGUGUGACUGUGAAUGGCCAGCUGAUAGGAGCGCCUGCCCCACGCAGGGGACAUAAGAAGCAGCGGACCUAUUUCAGAAGCAUCACUAUUCUCAGCAACAAGCCAGAAAGGUCCUACCUGGAGGUUACUCCCACAAAGGUCAUCUUGGAUGAUGGGAAGAGGCUGAUCUUGCCUUGUGACCGCACUGCCACGGUAGCAAGCAAGAACCUGGAGGUGUCCAUCGUUGCCCAUUCCAACGUCACUGUGGCAAUAGGGGGUACCAUCGGUUUUGUCAUUCUGGUCCACCACUACAAGAACCCUGCUCCUUACCAAAGGGAUCAUUUGGGGUUCUACAUCUCAAACAGUCAAGGCUUUUCCACAAGCUCCCAUGGGCUGAUAGGUCAGUUUUUAUACCAAGAUGUUAAGCUUACUCAGGAGCCUCCUGGAGAAAGUCAUCACGUGCCCAUUGGGAACCUAACAAAAAGGGUCAAUGUAAACUCUGGGAAUGCAUUAGAGCUGAAAGGGCGCUCGAUUCCUGUUGUAUGGAAGCAGAGGAAGAUCUGCAAUGGUGAAUGGGAAGUAGACUGCUGGUUUGCCAAGAACAACGCAGAGAAACUAAUUGAUGGGGCCUACAAGGAUUACUUGGCCUCUCACCCUUUUGACACAGGGACUAGCUCCUUGAUGGAAAACAGACUCUAAGAGAAUCCCACUUGCUUUUGACACACAUGAAGCCAAUUGCUCCCAAGGAGAUUCAUGCACUUUGACAGUGCUUUGUAAGGCCAAAGAAAUUGAGCUUUUUUAAUUUUUAAAAAAGCAAUUCCAUUCACACAAGACAGCUGCCUGAUCUCUGGUGAACUAAGGACACUUUCCCAAGUGACUCCAGUAAGGUCUAAUGUGGGUGUUGUUUUUUAAAAAAGAAAGAAUAAAAAACUUGUAAAUAUGAUACAAGAUGCCCAUAACACAGGAAACAGCCUGUGGAAUGUGGGCUAUUCAAUUAGAACAACCUGGUAAAUAAGCAGUUUUUAAAGAUGUUUAUUACUGUCCUCUAGAGAUUUGGCGUUAUGUUUUGUUUGUGUCUAGUAGGGGAGGGGAGCUGCCAUUUGGAAACAAAAAGGCACAAAACCAGCCACUUUUAAUAGAUCAAUUGAUUUCAAUGGGAUUGUGUUAAGCAUAGCUGGGAUUAAUUUCUCCCUUGAGAUCAAUGGGAUUUAAAUGUUUUUCGCUUGAGCUGAAUCAUGCCCAUCACAACCAAGCUGCUUCUAUCUGGGGGCAGAACCUCUCCUUGCUUUGCACGCUGAAGGUUCCAGCUUCAAUACCCAGCCAGCUCCUGGCAGUAUCCCCCUGCCUGAAACCUUGGAGAGCUGCUGCCAGUCAGUGUAGGCAAUACUGAGCUAGAUGGACCAAUGGUCUAACUCAGUAUAAGACAACUUCUGAUGCUCCUGGGUUAGCAAGCAUGAGAACAUAAGACACCGUUCAGUUUACUGUGAUGACGUCAUGCAAAUACAGAAGAUUGAAACAACUAUUUAAGUGCCACUUUUGUCUCAGAAUGAAAGAACAUUGUUGGAAGGGUUGUGCCAAAACAUUUCAAUGCUCUGCUGUACUGUCGCUGGAUGGGAUGGGUUAUUUCUUGAUGUCUUACCCUGGGCUUUCACUGAAGCGCAGGAAGCUGGCUAGUCUACAGAAUGCAGACCACCGUUGAGAGGAUUUGUAAAAUGAAAGAAAUCUCCUUGUCUACUUCAAAAGAAUGACAAAACACCACCAAAAAACCUUACUCCCUACCCACGACAAUUUCAUCAAAAAUUUCUCUCCCCUUCGAUAAUUUUUAAAUGCAAUUUCUUUUCUCGUUAAUUGAUGGAGAAUGGUAAAAUGUUCAGGGCAACACUUAUUUCUGUUUCAGGAAAAUAUUUGUUCAUCCUUGUGCCAUACCCUCCCAGAUCCCCUUCUGAGGUAGGUCAAUAUAUGAAUCCAAUUUUACAGAGGCUAAUAAAGGAAUGCAGAGGAAGGCAAUGGUAAACCACCUCUGUAUACCGCUUACCAUGAACACCCUAUUCAUAGGGUCGCCCUAAGUCAAAAUGGACUUGAAGGCAGUCCAUUUCCAUUUUUUCCCAAUAAAGAAAUGUAGCCAUGACUACAGACUGAGUCCAUUGCAGGAAAACCCUUUCAUCCCAACAUUUCAGGUUCAUAUCUAUUGCUCUUGUGUGUAGUGCGGUGCAUCCAGGGGGUCAAUUUAAGCCAGGGCUUAUCUUUGGUUCCUCUUUGGAAAAUAGGCUCAUUCCAGUGAUAUGUGAAUUGAUAAUAAAGGAAAGGGUGUCUCUGAG